AUGUUCAAUUUUAAGCGCCCCCACGAUGAUAUAUUCGAUGACGUAGCCGCGAUGGAUAUUCUCGAUGUUUAUCAAGAAUCUCAAUUAGAACCCCAGGUUAAUGGCUUAUUAAAGAAGUUCUUUUAUACCAUGAAAGACCCCCAAUACCUGGAAUGGAAGUUAAACAAUGAUCAAAAUAUCACCACAGAUGAAGCAAGAGAAGAUCUCAUUCGUAAUAAACUGGAGUCUAUACGACACUGUGAAAGGAUAUCCAAGUAUUUGGAUGAGCAGAAUAUAAGUUUAAACAGCUUUAGCACGUGGAACAAGAAGUUUGCUAAAAAGAGAUCAAAGGCUGUUGUUAAUGGUACUAUUCCCGAAUGGGUUAAAGCUCAUUCAAAGAAGUGUAAAGAUGGCGCUGAUGUCGAAAUUAAAGAAGUGAAUGAUGAAGUGGGGAGAUUGGUAAAUGGUGAAGCUUUAGAGGAGAUGAGAAACAAGAAGAGUAUGCUUAAGCCGGUUAAGAAAUCUGAUAUUGAGAAGAAACCAAAAAAACCCGAUGUUAAAGAAUAA